AGUUCCCACACGAAGAACCACCACGGCGCUCCUCCAGAAACAGGGCGAGCUACGGAGGAAUUAACCCGGACGGGAAGCGAUCCGCUGCGGGAUUAAUCGCCAGUUAAGGUCGCGGGAGAGGACUGGACUUGUGUCGGAGGGGGAGGGCUUUUUUUUUUUUUUUUUUUUUUUUUUUUUUAAAUAUAUAUAAACACCGCACCGAUUAAAAAAAAAAAAAAAAAAAUGCCCUCCGGACUCCGGUUGUUUUCGAUGUGGACGGUAUCUCGGAGUGUGAUGGCAGAAGUCCAGUGAAUCGCUGGCCUCCCCUCCUCUCUUGUGUUGGAUGUGUUGGGGGAGUCCGCGGCCGCUGCUUUCCUGGGGCUCCACAUUUAUUAUUUUUAUUUUCUCACAGGUUUUAUUGUAACUCAAACCCCCCUUCCCCCCCCCCCCAACCACCCCCAUUACUCUGAUUUAUUUCUUUAACGGAGUGCACACCACCAUGGACAGACCAGGGUUUGGAAUAGGAGUGGCUAGCUAAGUCGGGCAAAAUGUGGAUAAAUGGGACAGGAACGAGUAGACCGUGAGGAUUCUCUAACCCUUGCCCCUGAGUCCCAACCGUCUGAGAGGGUGUCGGACCUCACUGAGGCAAUCCUGGGCCGUUGGCACUAAAAUGUCCCUAAGUGGUGGCACUGCAGGCGGGAAAGGUGUGGACUCUAAUGCGGUGGACACUUACGACAGCGGGGAUGAGUGGGAUAUCGGUGUUGGAAAUCUGAUUAUUGACCUUGACGCUGACUUAGAGAAGGACAAACUUGAGAUGUCUGGCACCAAGGACGGCAUGGCGGCACCACCCAGUGCAGUGGCAGCAUUGCCUGACAACAUCAGGUUUGUUAGUCCAGUGUCUGGCUCUCAAGGCAAGGAAAGCAAAUCCAAAUACAAGCGCAGUAAGAACUCUAAAGACAAUAGUAGCAAAGCUUCAGCUGGAGAUGGGGGCAAAAAAGAAACUACAGGACGGACUCAAGGGGAGCCAACAGGCACAGCAGCGAGUGCAGGAGCUGCUGGCAACAAUUCCACCUCUGGGAAGAACAUGGAAAAAGGGGGCAAAGCCUCCAGAGGUGUUCUGAGUGGUAAAAAAGAGAAAGAAGGGGCUAAAAGUAAGAAGGACAAAACAGAUGGAGCCCCAGUCGUGGCAAUAGCUGCUGCAGAGAAGGAUGUUGUGUCUCAAGCCCAAGUUGCUUUGGGGAAUAGUCGUAAUACGUCCUUUGAGAACACACAAUCAACAGACUUGGCAGAAGCCAAUCAAAUGGGGAAUAUUGCACUUGAACCUGUUGGGAUAGUACCAGCAUUGACCACAAAAACUGAACCAGAGGAGGUGGAAAAUGGUAAUAGUGAAUGCAAGACGUUAAAGAAGGUGAAAAAUGAAAAGAUGGAAUCUCCUGUCUCCACGCCAGCCCCUCCUCCCCUCCACCUCCUGGCCACAGUAGGCAACAGUGAGAUUGCCUCGCCGUGUGAGCAGAUAAUGGUGCGCACACGCUCAGUGGCGGUGAACACAUCUGAUGUGGCCCUGGCUACUGAACCUGAAUGUUUGGGGCCCUGCGAGCCUGGUACCAGUGUUAAUCUCGAAGGCAUCGUGUGGCAGGAAACUGAAGACGGCAUGCUGGUGGUCAAUGUUACUUGGAGAAACAAGACAUAUGUGGGCACCCUGUUGGACUGUACACGGCAUGACUGGGCUCCCCCCAGGUUUUGUGAAUCCCCUACAAGUGAUCUCGAGAUGAGGAAUGGCCGUGGUCGAGGUAAGCGAAUGAGACCGAAUAGCAACACCCCUAUCAACGAGAACAGCAACUCAUCAGACAACAAGGGCACCACCAACAACAAGACGCGUGCUGCUGCCUCUAACAGCAAAGGCCGGAGGGGUAGCCAGACGCCAUCAGAGCGCCGCACCCCGCCUAACUCCAACACAGAGGACAUCAAGGCCAGUCCCUCCUCAGCUGGAAAACGCAAGACCAAACCAGCCUCAGACAUGGAACCCAAUUCCAGCUCAGAGGACACCAAAGGCAACAAACGUAUGCGGACAAACUCUAAUAGUGGAGGGGUGGGACCGACAGGUCUCCCUAUCCCUUCUAUUAAGACUGAGCCACUUCCACCUCCCCUCGAUCGCAGCUGCCCCUCUCCAGUUCUCAUUGACUGCCCACACCCUAACUGCAACAAGAAGUACAAGCACAUCAAUGGUCUGAAGUACCACCAAGCCCGUGCCCACAAUGAUGAUGAUAUAAAGUUGGAAAUAGAUGGAGACAGUGAAUAUGGAGAGGACUCAACUCUCCACCCUGAACCAGGGAACUGUAAUGGAGCCUCUAUCUCUCAGAAAGGAUGUUUGUCUCCAGCACGUUCGGUUACUCCAAAAGGCAGGAACUUUGAUGCUCAAAGCCCUUCCCCAUCUCCUGGAAAGUUUGGUUCAAAGCAGAGUAAAAAGAAAAUUGCUGAGACCGAUCCAGAAACGGGGGGUACACCGACAGACGGGUGCGAAGAUGGGCUAUGCCUUACUGAUGAGGCCAGUAACGAUGGUAUAGAUGAUAAGAGGGGGUCAGACAAGUCCAAAAAGGGUAGCACUGGCACAAAGGCUGAUAAAAUGUCCCAGAAGAACAUGAAGUCACCACGGCCCAUAGGCUCUGGCUCUACAACAUCCCAACAGAUGUAUUCUUUUCCUCCUGGAAACCCAAAUUCUUCCCCGGGGCUUACCCCAAUGAUACAAGGAAUCCCCAAGAGUCCCCAAAUGAAAGGCACACAGCCUAAACCUCCUGCCAUUGGAGACCCUGCCUCGAGUAGCUCCAAAGACAAGAAGAAGAAAGACAAGAAGAAAAAAGAUGGGGGGAAGGAGGCUGACAGCCCCAAGCCUCCGGGAAAGGGAGGAAAACUGGAGGAAGGAAAGCUUCCAUACUCUGAACCUUGUGAUCAAGGAAAUAAAGGGGAAGGACUCCUCAAUGGUUCCUCAGACCCACAUCAGAGUCGCUUGGCCAGUAUCAAGGCUGAGGCUGACAAGAUUUACAGCUUUUCUGACAAUGCCCCUAGCCCAUCCAUUGGUGUAGCCAGUCGGAUAGAUGGCAGUGGAAUGCCACAGCCUCUCACGCCGCUUCACGUGGUGAACCAGAAUGGUGCUGAUAACUCUUCAGUCAAAACCAAUAGCCCAGCAUAUUCAGACAUUUCAGAUGCUGGUGAGGAUGGUGAAGGGAGACUUGAAGGCGUCAAAGUCAGGACAGAGGACCAAGCCAUCAGGGAAAGUGUCAAAAAGGCGCUCUUUCCAAACCAGACACCCAGCAAAGAAUAUCCCAACUAUCCCAACUACGACACUUACUACUCACCCAAUUACGUCAACCCCAGUCCUGGCGGGCCCAAUCCAGGCACACCAGUGGCUGAAGGUCAGGUUAAGAUCAAAAAGGAAGAUGACCAGGACCAAGGUGAGGAAAAAGUCAAGGUUGAGGUUCAUGAAGACCGCAAACCUGACAGUAGUGGUCCUGGCCAGCAGCAGCAGCAGCAGCAGCAGCAGCAGCAACAGCAACAACAGCAACAACAGCAACAGCAACAACAACAGCAACAACAACAACAGCAGCAACAACAACAGCAACAACAGCAGCAACAACAACAACAGCAGCAGCAACAGCAACAACCCUCAGUCAUCCAACAGCGAUCCAACAUGUACAUGCAGCCUCUUUACUACAACCAGUAUGCUUAUGUCCCGCCAUAUGCGUACCAUCCCGAUCAAGCCUACCAUAACCACUUGAUAAACACCAACCCAGCCUACCGGCAACAGUACGAGGAGCGGCAGCGACAGAUGGCUGAACAGCAUCGUGCUGCUGAGAAGAAGUCAGACGUAGCCAUAAAAGAACGAGAGGCCUCCAUGAAGGAGGAGUGGAAACAAAAAAGCCCCAUGCCGCCAAGCCUCUCCAAAGCCCCAAGUCAGUCAGACCUUGGAAAGACGUCGCAGCCCCCAAGUAAAUCCAGGGACUCGCCGUCUGAGCCCUCCUCCAAAUCCCUGGGAAGCAUAAAGGUGGAGGACCCAAAGUCCCAGCAAGCUGAGGGGCUGAAGAUGAAGCUGACCGAAGGGGGCCACCAUGGAAAGGAAGACUCCAAGCAAGCACUGGAGUCCAGAGGUCAGGCAGGGAUGGAGCAGGCUAUGUGGUACCGACAGCAGUAUCCCGAGAGCCAGAAGCCCCAAGCAGAAGAUGAACACCAGCAACAGCCACCUCGAUGGAAAGAUGAAAGGGACAGAGAACGGGAGCGCGAUCGUAAAUUAAAGGAUGACAGGCCCAGGCCCAAGGACAGUCAAAGUGGGCCCAAGGAGGACAGCAAAGAGGGUAGUGAUCCCAGAAUCACUUCUGAGGAACACCGGGCCAUGAGCAAAGACUCUCGUUCUAAUCCUCACAUGCAGUUCUCAUCACCACUAGCACAGCACCAAGGCUACAUGCCCUAUAUGCAUGGUUACCCCUAUGGACAAGGCUAUGACCCCAACCACCCUGGAUACAGGGGCAUGCCCACAGUCAUGAUGCAGAAUUACCCAGGUUCGUACCUACCCGGAGGCUAUCCAUUUUCUCCAUAUGGCAGUAAAAUAGCCGGAGGUGAGGAAGGUUGCGACAAAUCUCGCGCUAGCCCUACUGUCACCAAAACAGCAACGGAUUCCAAAGCCCUGGAUAUCCUGCAUCAGCACGCCAGCCAAUACAAGAGCAAAUCCCCGACAGUAGGUGACAAGCCACCCCAUGACAGGGAGAGGGAGCAGGACAGAGGAGCCGGUGGAGACAGAGAUCGGGAAAGGGAGCGUGAGCGGGAAAGAGAAAGAGACGUGGACCGACCACGAUCCUCACCCUCCCAGCGCAUGAUGCCCUCUCACCACCACCUGGGAUACCCCCUGCAAUACGACCUGUCAUACGCCACAGGUCUCUCCUCAUCAGCUAUUGUUGCCAGCCAACAAGCAGCAACCCCCACCCUCUACCCACCACCACGGAGGUGAGAACGGGAAACCUGACCGUCACACCUCAACCCUGCAAAGAUUCAUGUGACUGGCUCACAUGAGAAGAAAAUCUCCCGGGUGUUACCUUUUAGACAUCAGUUGAAUGGUGUUUCUAUCUAUAUUUUUAGUUCUUCUGCCCCACGGAUAGGCAGAUUGUCGACUUUUUUUCCCCCCCCCCCCCCGUCCCCCGUCCCCUCGUAAGUGACCCCAAAUUUUCCAGACCUUGGACUGUAACAGGACUGAUAGUAACCCAGGUUCAAAGCCAUCACUCUGCCUCAUCACGCAGAGGAAACACCAACCCGCUGAUUAUCUAGUCUUUGCACUGUCAACAAAUACAAUGCAAAAAGAGACAAUUGGACUGCCAGAACAGCUUUUUUCUUGUUAUUAUUAUUUUUCUUUUUUCUUUUUUCAUUGACUGCAUUGUUUUUUGUCACACGCAGAAAGAAAUUGGCAGGGGAUGUUGGGUGGCUGAUGGGGGGGAAAGGGGAGUCAAACUAAAUUAAAGACUGAAAAAAAAAAAGUGAAUCAUAUUGAAAUGAUUUCAACUCUAUGUCUUUGGCUUAUUGUACGCCGUGAAACAACAGUAUAUCCUUAACUUGACAAAUGUUUGGCUAUAUUUCGUGGGGAGAGGGAAUAUGGCAACAGCUGCUUUCUUCAGAGACUUAAGAGCCUGAGACUGAAGUUUUUUAAUUUUCCAUCGUCAUUGUUGAUUCCCAUCCUCUUUUGAACCCUCAGUUCUUGUUUCAGGGAUGAUGUCGUCAUGUUUUGCGAAGGGACCGCACACACCUCAAUGGAGAAUAAACACUAUUCAUGUUUUCUUUUCUCAGAAAAUACCGUACUCCAUAUCAUUGUGUUCAUCCUUGAAUGUGUCUGAUGCUGGUAUUACUCCUGUUUUUCCCUCACAACGAAAGGGUCACAUCUGUCUUUCCACUCUCUCAAACGGUGAAGCCACAUUAGCGAGCUAUGCGUUCACGGUGGUGGGGGGGGGGGAAGAGCGUCAUCAGGCCACUUUGUGGGUGUUUCGGUGUUUUUACUGUAAGAUUGUGCUUCGUUCAGCUCGUCAAGUUUGAUCGUUUUUCUGUAAACAAUGUGAAACUUCACUCAGCUCAUGUAUUUUUCUGCUGUAAUAUAGACUUUUAGCCUACUUUUAUGUGCAUAAAUGUUUAUAUUUAUCCCAGCACGCAACUGUUUAAAAACCUUCACUGUUAAAUAGCUUUGGCCUUGACAGCGUUUAACGUUAUGUGCUCAGAUGAUUUAUGCUGCAGAGUCCCUAAACAUCUCACUGUGCUUCUUCUUCUUCGCCCCAGGUUUGGUCAUCUUGCUGUAGAUUUCUUUUUAAUGUGAUUUACCUUUAAACGUGGUUCACAUCUCCAUUCAUCCCAGCAUGCAGUGUGCAAUCAGACUGGUUCCAGACCCCUGAGUGUUUCCAGCGAUUCACCAGCAACUCAAACUGACAAUUCAGUCAGAUUCAGUGAAAACAAAACAGUGAAUCAGUUUGAGUUCCAGGCUAUUUGUGUCAAAGGUUGAACAUUUCUCUCGGUGCUUCGCUUGCUCGUGUGGCUUCACCAUAACACACAUUCACCUCUCACAGCUGUUCGCAUGGUUUUCUUCUUCUUACAAGCAGCAAGCUUUGGAUCAGUCCCAGUCUGGGCCAAUGAGUCUGAUACGUCAGACACCAGGUUACUUUUUUCAGUUGCUGUGAGGUCAACUACUGGCACAUUAAACUGCAUGAAAUGACUCUGAACGUCUUUCAGCUGUUACUGUUACAGAUCAAACAUGAACCAUUCAGAUGCAGGUCAAUGACGAGGACGAGCCAGUGAAAAACAGUCCCUCCAGGAAUUUACUCAAAUACAACCAGUCGCCAUGAACUCUGGGCAAUUUCUGCAAUUUCGUCCAACCACCGCAACUUUUCCCCAAAUUUGACAAAUCGUUGAGUCGCACGUCACCAAACCACUUCCUCGCUUGUAGAUGUGGAGAUGCAGACCACGCAGACACGUCUCAUAUUUACGCUCCAAACAUUUUAUUCUUACUGGAACAAGUUGCCUUUUGAUUUUUUAAUAAAUUUUAAUUUAAUUUUUUUUUUAAUUAUACAAAAAAAAGUGCAAUUUUCACUUUUCUCCGGCAAUUUCAUAGCAAACAUUUACAUAAAAACAUCAAAUUUUUAAAACCCGCUGUGAAAUCUGUCAUUUUUAAUCCCAUUUAAAAAAAAAAAAAAAAAAGGCCUGUGAAAUCCUGGAGGGACUGGAAGAGCUUGGAGCAAAUGUGGUAAAGUGAGUUAAAUGGGACCUUGAUCGUGCACAUAUGUAGGAAGGCUCAAAGGUUCCCAAUCUGCUGAAAAUAAGAAGGUUGAUCGGUGCUUUCCUUCGGAUCCCGAACUGGUGGUCCCACUCUGUAAAUUCAACUUUAAAUCUACACAAAAACACGACUCUCAAUGUGUCCUGUUCUACCAGAAGACCCUUCUUGGCUUUAAAUCACAGUUCUCUUAUACCUCAGGGGUUGUAAGUGAAAUUCUAUCCACGUCGCAUUGAUUUCUUCUUCUGUUUAUGGGUGUGGAGGAGGAAAAAAAAGCACAUUUUCUGCUCUGAGCUGGAAGUGCUGCAGUGGUUCAUUCAGAAAUGACAAAUUGGCUCAGGAUAGGGAAUUAUUAAAGGUUUAAUGCCACACUGUGCUGUUGUGGCCUGUGAACAGUCUUUUUACGUUCCUCCGCAGCAUUAUAAUGAGUAGAAUAUUGACCAUGUUGUCAUUAAAUUUAAUUUUUAUUGAUUUUGGUUUUACAAUCACUUUUAAUGUUCCCAUUGUUGUAGGUUUUUUUUUCUUUCUCAUUUGAUACUGUAUUCGUUAAAGUCCAUAAGCCACCGGUUAGUCUCAUGUCUGACACCCUCUGACGUUGGAUGUUAGCUGUUUGUUGAGAGACUGCUCGCGAUUACGAAACCGCAGCUCUUCAUUUUGAGGUUCUCGGACAUUCCCAGUAAAUAAGUUGCCAGUUUCUCGUCCCACAGAAGUUUUGCAGGACGGUAUGUCUUUUGACUUCUUGCGCAUUUUUUUUUAAAGAAAUGGCUGACAUGAAUACGCUGAAUGUGGUGGUGUUUGACUUGUACUUAAUCUGUAAGGGUAAUCUAGGCAGCUGUGAUGUUGUCAUUAAAGUCGGUGGGUUUUAGUACCAGCAGACUGCAUACAGUACAUAUAGUUUUAUCAGACAAUGGUUGUGACAAGUGCAUUUGUUCUCUCUCUGAGAGUAGUAAUGUUAUCUCAGUAGUAAAGCAAAAGCCCAGUGAAAAAUCAUAUAUACUAAAGUGUAUGAAAAAGCCAGAAAAGUAAUGUUUGCUAUCAACAUAUUGGAAAGUGCUUGGCUCUUGUAUUUUGCAGGACUGUAUUUGUUUCAUGGUGAAGAGUAUAUUUAUUGGCCAGCAGUUGUCUCAAUUGGUGCCUAGUUGAACAUUCUUCUGUGAAAACGCAGAGACACUUGCUCGUUUGUCCUUUCCUGACCCGCCUACUGUCACACAAAUCCCCCUCCCCUGUCCCGUCUCCCUUCCCCUCUCCCUCCCCAACCCUCCCCUACCCUACCCUACCCCCACCCCCCAAAAAAAGUACCAGUUCUGGUGCUUGCAAGGAUGUUUACAAUGUCUUCAUUUUCUUUCUGUGUGAGAAAAUUCAGAACUCUUCGCCCUCUCCACCUUUUUCCCGCCCUUCAGGAGUUUGUGUAAAGUGUACAUUACCAUGGUUCUUUUUUAUACAAUACUCUGUAACUUGCCUUUGUAAAUUUGGGCUGGAAAAAAAUAAAUCUUUUUAUGAGACAA